AUGAAGAAAGUGAUAGUUGAAAGAAAAGAAAUGGGCGAAAGUGGCAGAUUAAGCUCGGAUGUGGCUAACACGCUAAUAGUUGAUGAUCCGGAAAAAGAUGGAUAUGAACCGCCUCCUAGACAUGAAUGCCGUCGUUUUUAUGACGUUGCAAGCGUUGUAAUUUCAUUGCUCUUGUAUGCGUUGUCGGAACAUCUGGACGUUGUUGAUCCGGCAGUUUCCACUGUUGAAAGUGAAGAGCAGAAGGAGGACAAUGCCGCGCGGAAGGAAUUGAAGCAUAAAAAAACGUAA